AUGUCGCAGAAGUUGAAUAUUAACCUCGCAGAGGUUGAUGAAGAGAUGGAUGUUGAUGAAGAGUUGGUGGAUCACGAGGAACAACAACAAGAACAACAAGAACUGUCAACCGUGAAAAGUGAGAAUGAGAAAGCUGCAAAGAAAGCCAAGGUUCCUGCGAAGAUGCUAGUGGACUCAUUACCAGAGACCACCAGAAAAGAUAAGAGUUUAAAAGACGUGCUUGAGUUGGUGAACGAUGAGUACGCCCCGAUCAUUCCCGAUGCUGUCACCGAUUUCUACUUGGCGAAAAAUGGGUUACAAUGCUCAGAUAUCAGAAUUAAGCGGAUUUUGGCUCUUGCUACCCAGAAAUUCAUCAGUGAUAUCGCGACUGACGCGUACGAGUACUCGAGAAUUAGAUCGGUCAGCGCCAUUUACAACAGUACCAACCCUCAAGCGAGGGCCAGAGCAUUGGUAUCGGGACAACCUUUAGCUAAUAGUGGAAGUGGUUCAGGAAGUAAUAAGCAGGAGAAGAUUGUGUUGACUUCCGACGAUUUGGGUAGUGCGUUGUCAGAAUACGGGUUAAAUAUAAAUAGACCUGAUUUCUACAGAUGA